CACUAAAAAACCUCACGAAGAAGAAGUUCAAAGUUCACCCGGAAGUUACCCUCGUGUUGUGUUAUAAGGGAGACAGGAGCACUCUGACCCAGAAAAGAGACAAUAAAUACACGUUUUCUCCCUAAAGGAGACAGCUUACUGAAUAAGUUGCCAUGGCGUCCUACACCUGCAUCAGCUGCAGAGUGGCUUUCACAGACGGCGAGGUGCAGCGAGCGCACUACAAAACCGACUGGCACCGCUACAACCUGAAGCGCAAGGUCGCCGACAUGCCGCCGGUCACCGCCGAGAACUUCCAGGAGCGAGUCCUGGCGCAGCGGACGGCCGCCGAGCAGCAGCUGAGCGACACGGCGGCCGCCGAGGGCUGCGUCGUCUGCAGCAAGAAGUUCUCCAGCGCCAACGCCUACCAGAACCACCUGCAGUCGCACAAACACCAGCAGGCCGAGAAGCAGGCCCUGCUUGCCGCCCAGAGGAAGGUGGAGAUGAUGAACGAGAAGAACCUGGAGAAGGGACUCGGGGACGAGAAGGUGGAUCACGAUGCCAAGAACGAGGCCCUGCAGCAGGCCCUGAAAGAGCAGCAGAGGCCGAGCCCGGCGAGGCAGGGCUCGGCAGAAGGAGGGACGAGGAAGAGGGCGGAGAAGCUGGAGAAACCUCCCAGGCUGAUGUGGCUGGAGGAGCAAGCCAAGAGGCGAGAGGGAGAAGACGGAGCCACAGCUGUGGAAGGAGAGUGGGAGGACGUUGAGGAGGAGGAGGAGGAAGAUGACGAUGAGAUGGAGGAGGAAGAUGAAGAGGAGACGAUGGAUCAAGAGGAGGGAGACUCGGCCUCUGCGUCUGACCCCCGACCCCCUGCUCUGCCGGGCUCCAUCCCCGUCACCGACUGCCUGUUCUGCUCCCGCCACUCCAAGUCUCUCAUGAAGAACAUCGGCCACAUGACCAAAGCCCACAGCUUCUUCAUCCCCGACGUGGAGUUCCUCGUCGACCUCGAGGGCCUCGUCCGAUACCUCGGAGAGAAGGUCGGGGCUGGAAACGUGUGUUUAUGGUGUAACGAGAAAGGCCGUUCGUUCUACUCGACAGAAGCCGUACAGAGUCACAUGACGGACAAAAGCCAUUGUAAGCUCUUCACAGACGGCGACGCUGCCCUGGAGUUUGCGGACUUCUACGACUUCAGGAGCAGCUACCCGGACAGGAAGGAGGGAGAAGAAGCUGAAAUGGCCGAAGAGGCGCUGCCUGAUGACAAAAACCUGGAGUACGACGACGACACGCUGGAGCUGACUCUACCUUCAGGUGCUACGAUCGGCCACCGCUCCCUCAUGAGGUACUACAAGCAGCGGUUUGGCGCUCAGAGAGCGGUCGUGCUCACCCACAAUAAGAACGCUGUGGGCCGAGUCCUGCGGCAGUACAAAGCUCUGGGCUGGGGGGGCGACGCAGGCUCCCUCUACCAGAAACAGAAAGACAUGCAGUACGUGCAGCUGAUGAAGUCAAAAUGGAUGCUGAAGCUCGGCAUGAGCAACAACUCCACCAAGCAGAAGCACUUCAGAGCCCAAGUGAUGUUCUAAACCGGGGCCGGAGGGAACUGAACGUCAACCAAAAUGAGACGUGGACUUUCAAAUUUAAGAUCGUUGCUACGAGACUUUGAGGAGAAUGUCGGCACCUCGGCACGGCGGCAGAAAGAAAAAUCAAAGCUGAUGAUCACGCCCGUAGUGCUAUUGU